CUCUCCUCUUCCUCCUCCCUCCUCCUCGUCAGCCUCUUCCUCCUCCCUCCUCCUCCUCCUCCUCUUCCUCAGCGUCCUCCGGACCCGCCGGCUGAACUUCUCGUUGACACACGGACUGGAUACGACAAGCAGCGCAGACAUGGCUUUCUCGCGCGGAGCAUUUGUGCCGCUCUUCCUUCACCUCUGCCUCCUCGUCUGGAGCGCCUGGGCCAAGGUGAACGUGACCAUGCCCGAGACGGUGGAGGUGUACCUGGGCGACACGGCGCAGAUCCUCCUGCAGUACCGCUUCGACCACAACGAGUCCAAUGACUUCUUGAUCCAGUGGAUCGUGCGAAAUGAGGACAAUUCUCGGAGGCGGAUCUGGUACUACGACAACCUGCGCGGACACAACGUGGCGGACAGAAACACGGCAUACACCGACCGCAUCGAGAUGACCAAAGACCAGCAGAGCUUCCUGCUCACCAUCGAGGACGUCCAGCUCUCCGACGAGAGGGAGUUCUACUGCCAGGUCAACGGGUUGGAGGCCAGAACCUCCCUCAGAGUGUUUGCUCCUCCAGAGGCUCCAGUGAUCGAGGGCGUCACCGCUGCAAUAUCCGUGACCAACGAUUUGCCGUCGGAGGUUGCCACAUGUGUGACUAAGAACGGCUAUCCUCGACCCAAGUUCACCUGGUACAGAAACAACGUGCCGCUGAUGGCUGAUCGAGACGAUUUGGACAUGUUGACCCUGAGCUGGGAGUCGCAGGGCCUGUACACCGUCCAGAGCACACUGCAGUACAAGGUGACCAAGGAGGACAAGGACGCCGAGUUCUCCUGUGAGGUCAGCUUCCUAGUGCCGGGGACCAUCAGGAGAGUCAAGUCGAGCAGCGUCAACGUCACCGUUCACUACCCUACCACCAUGGCGGAGAUGUGGAGGGAGUCGCCCCAGGGCUUGGUCAAAGAGGGGGAUACCGUGGAGCUGCGUUGCCAGGGUGACGGCAACCCCCCGUCGUCCUUCAAUUUCAGCCGAGAACAAGAGCAGGACGUCGACCUGGGGAGCAGCGGCGACGUGCUGAUCCUGGCGCCGGUGUCGAGGAAGGACAGCGGCAUCUACCAGUGCUGGCCCCUGGACGGCGACGGACACGGCGAGGUCAAAGGGGAAAUGCAGCUCACCGUGCACUAUCUGGACCCGGCCGUGGUGGUGCCUAAAGAGUCCGAGCUCAUGCUCAAAGGAGAGGAUCUGACCGCGAGCUGCAACGCUCUGUCCUCCCUGAGAACCUCCACGGUCUGGUACAAGGAUGGGAAACAGGUGUCUCAGGGGAACACGUUGCACCUGCAGGACGCCACCUACGCAACCACAGGAGAGUACAUAUGUGAGGUGACCGUCCCCUCCCUGCCGGCGCUGCACACCAGCGGCUCCGUUCACAUCGUCGUUCAAGGUCCUCCCCAGCUGGUGGGGAUGGAGGAGGUGAAGCUCGAGGAGGCCACAGGCCGGAUGGUGAACCUCACCUGCGAGGCUCACGGCCAUCCGCUGCCCAGCAUCUCCUGGAGCGUCAUCGGCACUCAGAACUGGCGCGAGGUGUGGAGCAGGGAAAACGAGCACGGGACUCAGAGCGUGGCGUCGGUCAAGGUGACCUCGGACGUCGUCGCCCAGUGCAACGCCUCCAACGACAUCGGCGCCGAGGUGAAGACUUUCCUCAUCAAAGCCCUUCCCAGAGACACCACGACCACUUCCUUCUCUCCUGCCGAGGGCAGUGGCAUCAUCAUCGUGGUGAUCAUCGUGUGUCUGCUGCUGCUCGCCAACCUUGGCGGCGUCCUCUACUUCCUCCAGAAGAAGGGGAAGAUCCACAUUCCCUGCGGCCGCUCGGGGAAGCAGGAGAUCACCAAAGAGAUCGCCAACACGGACGACAUCGUGGUGGAGAUGAAGAGCAGCGCGCGGACGGAGGACGCCGUCCUGCUCAAGGCUUUCAACGGAGACAAACAGGGCCCCGACGCGCAGUGAUGGUCCAACUGAUCUGAGAUCUGCAGGAUGACGCCGCCCCCCAACAGCCUGGACAUUCCCCCCAUAAUGUUUUAUUCUCAGCAGUAUUCAGCAGAUUUAGACACACACACACACACACACACACACACACACACCCACCCAC